GGUGCCGAGCCGCGGCUGAGGGGCGCGGGAGGAGCGGUCGCCCGGAGCUGCGCAUCCCGAGCCGCGGGCUCCGCUGGGUGCGGGGCCGCGAAGAUGAUCCUGGUGCGCCGGUUCCGCGUGCUCAUCCUGGUGGUGUUCCUGCUAGCCUGCGCGCUGCACAUCGCGCUCGACCUGCUGCCCAAGCUGGACCGGCGCGCCGCGCGGCCCGCGGGCGACCCGGGCUGCUCGUGCGCCCACGCAGCGGCCGAGGCAGCGGCGCCGGGCUGGGCCCAGGCGAGGAGCCGCCCGGGGGAGUCGGCCGCCGGAGACGCAGGCUGGCCCAACAAGCACACGCUGCGCAUCCUACAGGAUUUCAGCUCGGACCCGGCCUCAAACCUCACGUCCCACUCGCUGGAGAAGUUGCCGCCCGCAGCCGCGCCUGCCGAGCGCGCCCCAGGGGGCCAAGAGCUGGGCUCCCCGUCCCGUAACCCUCCCCAUCGGCCACUGCUCCGAGAUCCUGGGCUCCGGCGGCCGGUACCCGCCCCUAACCCCAGCGGGGAUGCCUCGCUGUUGGCCAAGCUUUUUGAACACCCACUCUACCAAGGGGCUGUGCCACCCCUGACAGAGGAUGAUGUCCUGUUUAAUGUGAAUAGUGACAUCAGGUUCAACCCUAAGGCAGCAGAGAACCCGGACUGGCCACAUGAAGGUGCAGAAUUCCUGCCCACUGGGGAGGCCGCAGUGGAUUUCUACCCCAACUGGCUGAAAUUCCACGUUGGCAUCAACCGGUAUGAGCUGUACUCCAGACACAACCCAGCCAUCGAGGCUCUGCUGCAGGACCUUGGCUCUCAGAAGAUCACCAGUGUUGCCAUGAAGUCAGGCGGUACACAGCUGAAGCUCAUCAUGACCUUCCAGAAUUACGGGCAGGCGUUGUUCAAGCCCAUGAAGCAGACAAGGGAACAGGAGACACCUCCAGACUUUUUUUACUUCUCCGACUAUGAGAGGCACAAUGCAGAGAUAGCUGCUUUUCACCUGGACAGGAUCCUGGACUUCCGCCGAGUCCCGCCUGUGGCUGGCAGGAUGCUCAACAUGACCAAAGAAAUCCGGGACGUGACGCGAGACAAGAAGCUGUGGAGGACUUUCUUCGUCUCUCCAGCCAACAACAUCUGCUUCUAUGGGGAGUGUUCCUACUACUGCUCCACGGAGCAUGCCCUGUGUGGGAGGCCCGACCAGAUUGAGGGAUCCCUAGCAGCCUUCCUGCCCGACCUGUCCCUGGCCAAGAGGAAGACGUGGCGAAACCCCUGGCGCCGUUCCUACCACAAGCGCAAGAAGGCAGAGUGGGAAGUGGACCCUGACUACUGUGAGGAGGUGAAGCAGACGCCACCCUACGACAGCGGCCACCGCAUCCUGGACAUCAUGGACAUGACCAUCUUUGAUUUUCUCAUGGGGAACAUGGACCGCCACCACUACGAGACCUUUGAGAAGUUCGGGAACGAGACGUUUAUCAUCCACUUGGACAACGGGCGUGGGUUCGGGAAGUACUCACACGACGAGCUCUCCAUUCUGGUGCCUCUACGGCAGUGCUGCAGGAUCAGGCAGUCCACAUACCUGCGGCUGCAGCUUCUGGCCCGGGAGGAGCACAAGCUGAGCCUGUUGAUGGCUGAGUCUCUGCAGCGGGACAAGGUGGCCCCUGUGCUCUACCAGCUCCACCUGGAGGCCCUGGACCGGCGGCUGCGCAUUGUGCUGCAGGUUGUACGUGACUGCAUCGAGAAGGACGGGCUGCAUAGCGUGGUGGAGGAUGACCUUGACGCUGAGCACAGAGCCUCCACCAAGAGGUAGUGACGUGCGCUGCCCACAAGGAAGGAGGGUGCAGCUUCACAAGCCUUGUGUGAAUUCAGUGAAUUCAGAGUCAGGACCGAGCGUCCCCACGUGGCGAUCUGCGGUGUGAGCAUGAAGUCUCCCUCAUGGCUCCAACUGGCACUCUUGGGCCUCUGGGUCCAGCAUAGGUCAGACGAUGCAACACGGACUCACGACACAGAGGCAGCAGGAGGCAUUUCAUCCUUCCUACAGGGGACAGGACACUUACUCACCGUUUUAUAUUUAGAUGCGGUGCACCUGCGUAAGUGGAGAGCCGCUCACACAGACCACAGAACGCUUCCUGCUAACGUGAGGGCCGCCCUCCCAGCCAGCCCCUCCAAUAACGCCAUCACGUUCUGGACUUCAAUUGCAAUAAUAACUCCAGCUCCCCUCUCUGGGGAGCCCUGAACCCAGAGGCUGGGAUAGGGAGGCCCUGGUGGACAUCAUGUGUAUGAACAUGUGGGUUCCCGCGUGUGGGUCUCAGGUGUAAACAACCAGCUAUCCACUUGUCUGCUGCCAUGCAGCGGCCAGAAAUUCCCAGCUGGUGGUGGUCACCAUCUGCCCUUGGUUUUCCUCUCAACAGUGGGUGCAAAUGCACCAUUCAGGGCUCAUAGCCUGAUAGCAGUAGGUCAACCUUGCAGCAUUUGUGCGAAAUAGUUUGCAGUGAGGUGAAUGUGCAAUAAAGAUACUGCAACCAUA